AUGAACGUAGAUUCAAAGAAAGAUGUUCCAAAAUCGAUGCAACCGAUCUCCCUGUUUGACCCUUCUUACCAGGAACCUGACGUCAAGGCCACUGCCACCCCUCUUGAGGCGGAUCUCCCUAAAGUACAACCUCCCAACGUACUCCAGGCUCCUUACAAAAUACCCAGUCUCUACCCAUUUAACAGGACCACUGUUUACUUCCUCCUCUCUCCAGACGCUCCUCGAACAAACCUCAAAUCAUUCGUUCUCAGGGGCACUUCGAAACAUGGGCCUUUGAUGUUGAAAAUUCCCUUAGAGAAUAUUGGCCAAGGCACAAGGCUUCAUCAACUGGCUGCGCGGAAAAUAACAAUUGAGCUGGAGGAAGGUCGAGGGUGGAUAUACCAUGCGAAGAACGAGAAAGGACAGCUGAUUAUCGACGAGCAUGAAAGCAAAAAGGAAAAUAUCGUGAAGCGCGAAGCUGUCCGUCUCGGAAUUGAGUUUCAAGUGGCUGGGAAAUAUUGCUCCUUUGUCGCCGUAGAGUCACCUGCUGAUGGGAAAAUGGCGGAGCGGAAGGCAAAAAGGGAAUCGGCCUCAGAAGCCGGCAAACCCCCUGGUUUUGGUCCUGGGGAUAUUCGAGACCUUGCUGAUGAUACGGACGAGUCUGAGGAAGAGAUCAUAGAUUCAGAAUGCGAGAGCACAGUUACUUCCGCGCCCCAAGGGCCCGCUGCUGCCUCCCUUUUUGGUAAAAGAGCCAAAUCAGCGUCAGUCGUUCCCGAUAAGAUGCUUGAACGUGGCGAACGACUAGGUGGCCGAGUAGACAAAGGUAACGAUUUGGCUGAGCAAGCAACAACUGAUUCCCUCCGCAAAAGCAAAAAAGCCAGCCGUGCACCUCCAGGAGCUCGGCUGAUCCAACGGUUUCUCAAAACGGAUUCUGGACCUACAGCGCCUUCGCAGGAUGCAGUUCACGCCUUGAUAGCACUUCAGUCCUUUGAGGGAUCGUGGCAGUGGGAAAGCAAUGUAUUUGCAGUCAUGGGGCUCAAUGCCGCUGAUAUCGAAAGCAAACUGGAUUGGGCAGCUAUUUUGGGAAAGAAAACUGGAAUAGACACCAAGAACGUGAAGCAGAGGUCAAUUGUCGCGACACUUAUUGUCUUGGCGUAUUUGAACAAGAAGCAUUUGGAUGAGAAGGAAACAUGGGAACUUGUGGGGGAGAAGGCCAUGGGUUGGGCUGUUGACGGGAUCAAGGAGAUCGGAGGCAAUGCAGACGGAGGGUCUGAUGUGCUCUUGAGACAGUUUGAUGCCUUGCUCUGA